GCGUUUUUUCAUGCUUGAGAAGCUACUUAGCUGUUUAGGAAAUAUCCACGGACAGGAAGAAACCACCGCAGACGCGACAGACCGUUACCGUCCUCACAAGAAACGCCAAACAGUGUCGAAAAGAGCUUGCGGGCAGCCGAAGAACUUUGCAUCAACGGGUCCCGGCGGGGACGUUGUCGUAUCCUUAAGCGGCCUUCGCGGUUGGCGAUUGCGGCGGAAGGAAUUUCGUAGAAGUUCGUUGCAAAGUUCCUUGAAAGUCCACCUACCGAAUGCAACGACCGAAAACCUAGUCUGGAAAGCGAAAGCACAUAUAUCUGUUUCCUUGUUACCUAUUCACGCAGUCUGGAAGAUGUGCCAUACGGUCAACCAUUCGAAGUGUGUAACACGAGAAAAUGAUUUGAAAGGAUCUCGCAUCUUAAGCAGUCUUCAAGUUCGAAGUACAUCAAGACGAAAACUUCGUCGAAGUUCAUGGCGAUCUAUUCGGCAAACUCUCUGGAUGACCAAUAUAAGAGAAGAGUCAAAACCACUCAAUAAACAAGUUUGUGAACCGUAGCAGUGGCAAGAUUUAACGUCAUCCUAGUGGAUGCAUUAGACAGGUGGCGUCGGAAGAUUUACUAUUCAACUUCGACAUCGUACAGUACGAAACUUCGCCCGCGAGGCGAAGGAAGUACGAUAUCCUUCGACAGAACGACGCACCACGCCGCCUUUCACGCUAAGUACUGCAUUCGAGAACGCUGAUGUCGACGAUGACACUGGAGGUUGCCGGAACGGAGUUGCUCUACAGACGGCGAUAAUGACAAGGCAGAGGGCGAGGGACUGGCAGGGUUGCAACCGCGUUGAAUCGCACGAAGUAACAGCGAGGAAACUUAGUAACGUCAGACUUCGCGACGACCAUGAAGGCACACUUCCCCGAUAGGAGAUCUCGGUGUAGAAGAGUCGGUGGAGGGUGCGAAGGAUCUCAUAAUGCCCCUCGACGUCUCUAUCCGUCGCCUUAUCACGCUAAGUUGAUUAAAC